AUGGGGACCGAAACACAAUCUCGACUGAGUGACUAUUGUUGGUUUGCUUUUAAUUUUUUCUUAUUGCUGAUUUUCGGAAAGCAGGCUUUGGCUGAAUUAAGAUACUCUAUUCCGGAAGAGAUGAAAGACGGUACGGUUGUUGGAAAUGUUGCCAAGGAUCUUGGUCUGGAAAAGACCUCUUUGAUUGAUCGACGAUUUCGAGUGGUGUCUGGAUCUAAAGAUGUUUUUUUCGAGGUAAACCCGGACAACGGUGCCUUGGAGGUUCACAAAAAGAUCGACAGAGAGGAGCUGUGUCACGGUAGUGGUGUGUGCUUGAUGGAGCUGAAAAUCCUUGUUGAAAAUCCUUUGGAAAUGCACUAUGUAGUUGUAGAAAUUACUGAUGUAAAUGAUCACUCCCCUAGUUUUCCUGAAAGAGAGCAGAUAUUUGAAAUAGCGGAACAUACAGCACCGGGAACGCGAUUCCAGCUGCAUACGGCCCGUGAUCCCGAUGCUGGAAUUAACUCUAUUCGUACAUACAUAUUAACGUCAAAUGAUCACUUUGAAAUUGAAUUAAGUCAAAGCGACGAGGACAAAAUGCCGUUUUUAGUGCUGAAAAGGUCCUUAGACAGAGAACAAACGAAUAAACACUUGCUAUUUGUUACAGCAGUGGAUGGAGGUAAACCUCAAAGGUCAGGGACACUAAAUGUUUCCAUUAUUGUUCUUGACAGUAAUGACAAUCGUCCGAUAUUUAGUCAGGAUACCUACCAAAUAGAAAUAUAUGAAAACGCCUCAGUUGGAACUACUGUAACAAGAGUGAAUGCAAAAGAUCCGGAUGAAGGGAAUAAUGGGGAAAUAGAGUACAGCCUUAGCAAAACAUUAGCACGUAAAGUUUACGACAUUUUUGAAUUGGAUAGUAUAAGUGGACAAGUCAAAUUGAAAGGAGAGGUGGAUUAUGAAGAAUCCGAUAUUUACAAAAUAGAUGUUGAGGCAUCUGAUAAAGGAACGCCUCCACUGAUAGGAAGGUGUAGAGUAGUAAUAAAAAUAAAAGACGUCAACGAUAAUCCACCAGAAAUAGAAGUCACAUCACUGUCAAAUACAGUGUCUGAAGAUUCAAAACCUGGAACCGUGAUUUCACUUAUUAGUGUGACGGACAAAGACAGUGGUGUAAAUGGAAAAAUAAUAUCAAGCAUAACCUCAAACGUGCCUUUUGAAUUAAAGCCCUCUUAUAAGGAGAACAUAUAUUCAGUUGUCACGAAGGAAUUUUUGGAUCGGGAGGAGGUGUCACAUUAUGAAAUAACAAUAAAAGCCACCGACUGUGGUGAACCUCCCUUAUCUACUGUUAAAACUCUCAACAUUCAGAUAUCAGAUGUAAAUGACAACAGUCCUCAUUUCGACCAAAAUCCAUUACAGUUUUAUCUAUCAGAAAAUAAUAUUGCUGGAAAUUCAAUUUUCUCUGCAAGCGCAACGGAUAAAGAUUUGAAUAGAAAUGCAGCUAUUUCAUAUCAUAUUGUGAGAGGAGGGACUGAAAAUGAUGUAACGUCUUUCCUACAUGUAAAUCCAGAUAAUGGACACAUUUCAGCACUGAAAAGUUUUGACUUUGAAACUCUGAAAACUUUCCAGUUCCAAGUUGUCGCCACAGAUUCUGGAACUCCGUCACUAAGCAACAACGUCACAAUAAACGUGUUCAUUCUGGAUCAGAACGACAACGCUCCAGUCAUCCUGUAUCCAGUCAGCUCCAACGGUUCUGCUGAAGGUGUGGAGGAGAUUCCCCGCAAUGUCAACGCAGGACACUUGGUGACUAAAGUCAGAGCCUAUGACGCUGAUAUAGGAUAUGACGGCUGGUUACUCUUUUCACUGCAGGAAGUUACUGACCACAGUCUC